AUGUCCCUCCAAACCUUCGACCGGACUUACCCAGCCCAAUUCCCAUCACAAGUGCGACUCUCUCCUCUACUGUCCUGUGAAGCUCUCCGUCGCGUAGCGUGGUCCACGUUCUACGCCGACACCAUCGUCGACGGCGGUCGGUACGGUUUCCACAUUGUCGACGAAAAGGCUUAUCGACUCCAGCUCCCUUGUGAUCGGGCGAGCUUCUUAGGCGACGAGAUUGUUGUCACUGAACCGCUCUUCGAGAACUCGAGCAAUCGUUUGAAUGCCAAUCUGGCAAGUCUGGAGCAUGCAUCCCUUGAUAUGUCAGCAUAUCUUCUUCGCACCGCUGCCGCGCGUCGUCGGGCUUUGCAUUUUGCCUUUCGCGCCUCCCACAAAGAGCAGACGGUGGAGCAGCUAUCAGAAGAGCUGGUCGCGCUCGAGGCUGACAUGGAAGAGGUGACUUCAGCCCUGCCCAAGCGCUUCCAUUUCAACACGGACAACCUGUUCCUCCAUCGUGACCGGCUCAUCACCUUUAUCCUCCUGCACGUCUUGCGGCACAACCUCUUCAUCGUCGUGGGCCGAGCCGCAUUGCAGGUGUACCAGCAAGAUCCCGACAAAGCAGACCUGACAGCCCAGGUACGCCGCAACCGCAUUUCGCACGCUCUGCCGAUCGCCGGUCUUGUCUCGGAAGGACUCAAAAGGAAUAUCAGCUUUGAUCCUCAAAUUGGAGUGCAAGCGUACGUUGCGCUGGGGAGUGAGUCACCCUUCUCAUCCGCCACCCAUUGA